AUAUGGGCUGUUGAACGGUAUAUGUAAUGCGUGAAGAUCUCCAUUACUGCGUUUAGUUGCAGUCAUGGCAACCCAUGCAGCUCUUGUUUCCUCCAGGAUCCCAACUAACACCAGGCUUAUUCCUUCCAAGAGCUUCCAUACUUUCCCUGCUCAAUGCUCCUCUAAGAGGCUCGAUGUGGCUGAGUUCUCUGGACUUCGAUCAAACACUUGCUUGACCUACGCCCAUAAUGCCAGAGAAGCGUCUUUCUUUGAUACAGUUGCUGCCCAACUUGAUCCCAAGGCUGCAGGGUCUAACCCUGUUAAGGGAGAGACAGUUGCCAAGUUGAAGGUUGCCAUUAAUGGCUUUGGACGCAUUGGACGAAAUUUCCUUCGCUGUUGGCAUGGACGGAAAGACUCACCUCUCGACGUUGUUGUUGUGAAUGACAGUGGUGGUGUCAAGAAUGCUUCCCACCUCCUCAAAUAUGAUUCAAUGCUUGGAACUUUCAAGGCAGAAGUGAAAGUCUUGGAUAGUGAAACCAUCACUGUUGAUGGUAAGCCGAUCAAGGUUGUCUCAAACAGGGAUCCUCUCAAGCUACCAUGGGCAGAGAUGGGUAUUGACAUUGUUAUUGAGGGAACAGGGGUGUUUGUUGAUGGCCCAGGUGCCGGAAAACACAUACAAGCUGGUGCUAAGAAGGUUAUUAUAACAGCUCCGGCCAAGGGAGCUGAUAUUCCAACCUACGUUGUGGGAGUUAACGAAGGGGAUUAUGACCAUGAAGUGGCAAAUAUUGUGAGCAAUGCUUCUUGCACCACAAAUUGUCUGGCUCCUUUUGUGAAGGUCAUGGAUGAAGAGUUUAGUAUUGUGAAGGGAACAAUGACAACUACUCAUUCAUACACUGGGGAUCAGAGGCUUUUGGAUGCCUCCCACCGUGACUUGAGGCGAGCAAGGGCUGCUGCCCUGAACAUAGUGCCAACAAGUACAGGGGCAGCCAAGGCUGUGUCCCUAGUGUUGCCACAGCUGAAGGGCAAGCUCAAUGGGAUUGCUCUCCGAGUGCCUACACCUAAUGUUUCCGUUGUUGACCUCGUCGUGAAUGUUGCAAAGAAGGGAAUUUCAGCCGAAGAUGUCAAUGCCGCCUUCAGAAAGGCCGCUGAAGGUCCAUUGAAGGGAGUAUUGGCAGUGUGUGAUGUGCCUCUGGUAUCAAUAGACUUCCGGUGCACAGAUGUUUCCUCCACCAUUGAUUCAUCACUAACCAUGGUUAUGGGAGAUGACAUGGUCAAGGUGGUUGCUUGGUAUGAUAAUGAAUGGGGAUACAGUCAACGGGUUGUCGAUUUGGCACAUUUGGUGGCAAACAAGUGGCCAGGCAUGACUGUGAAAGGAAGUGGAGAUCCAUUGGAGGACUUUUGCAAGACAAACCCAGCUGAUGAGGAGUGCAAAGUCUAUGAAGCAUGAUGUAUUGAUAUUCCUUGUUUAGGAAAAUGAGAUAAUUUAGUUUCAUGUGUUGAUGGACAUUUCAUAGUGUUCAUCUCUAAAUGCUUGUUUUGUAAGAAGAGAAAUGGUGAGAAAAAAGAGAAUAAACCUGCAAGAUUA